UCAGACGCCCUCCUGAAGCGUCCCGAAGUUCGGGGCGUGAAAUUCCUCUUCCUGGUUGGCGGCUUCGCCGAGUCGGCCGUGCUGCAGCGCGCCGUGCAGGCGGCGUUGGGCACCGCGUGCCGCGUGCUGAUCCCGCAAGACGCGGGGCUGAGCGUCCUGAAGGGCGCCGUCCUCUUCGGCCUCGACCCCACCGCGCUGCGCGUCCGCCGCUCCCCGCUCACCUACGGCGUCGGGGUGCUCAAUAAGUUCAUCGAAGGCAAACACCCGAGGGAGAAGCUGCUGCUGAAGGACGGCCGGCGGUGGUGCAGCGACGUCUUCGAGAAGUUCGUGUGCGCCGAGCAGUCGGUGGCGCCGGGGGAGGUGGUGCAGCGCAGUUAUUGCCCCGCGCGUUCCGGGCAGCGCAGAACCGUCAUCAACAUCUACAGCUGCGCCCGGGACGACGUGCUGUUCAUCACCGAGCCGGGGGUGAGGAAAUGCGGCACCGUCAGCCUGGAGCUGCCCGAGCUGGGGGGGGUCGGGGAGCGCAGGGAGAUCCGGGCCAGCAUGCAGUUCGGGGACGCGGAGAUCGAGGUGACGGCCGUGGAUGUGAGCAGCGCCAGGACCGUGAGCGCCACCAUCGAUCUCGUGGCCGAAUGAAGGCGGUGGGGAGCGGGGAAGCGGCGGCGCGGGAUGCGGGGGGCGGCUGGGCGCCACUCGGUGCUCCUCGGUGGGGGCGCAGAGCGAGCGUGCGACCAUGCGGCCAACUGCUCUGCUGCUCCGCGUCCCCGGGACCCACAGCCUGCAGCCCCACGUCUCUGGGUUUCCCACCCUGCAGCCCCACAUCUCCAGGUUCCACACUGCAGCCCAUUUGUUCUGCAGCCCCACAUCUCUUGAGUUCCAUACCCUACAACCCCACAUCUCCAGGUUCCACAUCCUGCAGCCCCACAUCUUCAGGUUCCACCCUGCAGCCCCACAUCUCCGGGUUCCAUACCUUGUAGCCCAUCUGUUCUGCAGCCCCACAUCUCUGGGUUUCCCACCCUGCAGCCCCACAUCUCUGAGUUCCAUAUCCUGCAGCCCCACAUCUCUGGAUUCUACACCUUGGUGCUCCAUACCUCUGAGUUCCACACCUCAUCAGCCCCACAUCUCCAGGUUCCACACUGCAGCCCAUUUGUUCUGCAGCCCCACAUCUCCGGGUUUCCCACCCUGCAGCCCCACAUCUCCAUCGGGCUGAAGGCAGCUG